AUGUUACGAUACGGUACCAUGAGCUACAAUGGUGAGCAUGGUUUAUUGGAAUUCCAUGACAAAAGUAAGCUAGACAGUCUGAAUCACCCCAGGACCAUCGUUACACACCUGACCUAUGAUAUACUACCAUCAUCCAUCAAACGUGGUGUAGGAAAGGUUGUGUAUGUAGUGAGGAAUCCGAAGGACGUUUUUGCCUCUUACAAGUACUUCAACAAUGCACUGUCGAGUCGUUACUAUAAAGGCAAUGCAGACGGAUUUUUGAGAAAAUUCCUUUCGAAUGAAUUCUUUGGAUCAGGAGGGUCCUGGUUUACUUGUACCAAGGAAUGGACAGACGGAAUAACAUCAAAUACAGCUUUGCAAGUUCAUACUAUUAUGUACGAGGAGUUGAAAAAGGACACAUACGGAGAAAUUGAGAAGCUUGCUAAAUUUCUGGAAAUAGAUUACGACGAUGACUUACUCCGCAGCGUUGUGACAAAUACUACGUUUGAUAAACUGAAGGCGGACCACGCAACAGCGGCUGGGGCAACUGAUCGAUGGGCAGACAUGUGUGAGGACGGUCGACAAAAGGUCGGAUUCGUCGGUGACUGGAAGAACGAAUUGACAGUUUCACAAAACGAAUUAUUUGAUGCGGUGAUACAGGAGAAAUUCACAAACUCUACCAGAGUCAGUCCCGCAGAUGCCACAGGUCACGUGGCUGAAUACUGUGAAGCUCCUAGGACUGCAGGUGUGUUCAUCUUGCUGUUCCACUUGGAGCAGAUCAGGUUUAACAUCUAG